AUGGGUUGGCUUGAACCACCUACGAGGCGAGAACUCACACUCCUUUUGUUUUCCAUAACGACUUUCGUCCUUUUCUACAACCUCGAUAAUUCGAUACGACAACUCGGCCUGGACCCUAUCUCAAAACAAGGCGCGGUCUUCAGCAAGCUCGGUCUCGGAGGCCCGUCAAUCAUCGGAAAAGAUGGGAGACGGCCACCUGAGUGGAGGGAUUCUUUGGAGAAGUUCAUAUACGGCGAAUGGCAUUGGGACGAAGGCCACACUGCAGGUGACGAGCGCACCAAGGUACUUAGCGGGGAUAUCUACGGUGCACUCUGGCACGACAGGGGGAAAAUAGACGAUGUCCGGACAGAGGAAGAUGGCGAAAUGCACGACGUUCUGGAGUUCUGGGGGAGCAACGCCCCGACGACACGACUGAUAAGACAUGUACCCGGUUUUACCGUUCUAGACAACGUCUUCAUGUACAACAAGUCUUUGGUCGUUGUAACAGACUUCCCCGAGCGAUUUCCUGCUAUCGGCACGUCGAGCGUCCCGGUAGUCACUAUCUCGCCUGCCCAGGCGCCAACCAUGCUAGGGAGAUACGGUGGAAAAGUUCGAGGGGUGACCUGGUUAUCUACAGACUCGAAGCCAGUAGACAACACUACCUUGCUCAGCCUUUGGCGAACAUAUAGUACGCUAGACCCAUCGAUAGACGCCCUAGGUCGCACCACACUUCCGUCUCCCCGACGCUUAAUACUUCCUCGUAUACCCAUCUACUCUGACCGUGAACCUUCAGCCGACGGUCGCGAGAUCACUCGUGAAGACCUCAUACGGAUACCACGUCAACGCUCAGACACGGGGUUCCAUCCCCUUCUCGCUAAGAUAGCUUUCCCCUCCAUGGGUCUCUUAUACGAAGCGGACUGGCUGGACUAUCACGAAAUGGGCACUCCAUUCAAACUAGAGCGUGUUGUCGUCGCGAAUAUGGAAGCCGCGGCAAGGGCUCUUCCCGUUGGGCGACCUCCUCUCUCUUCCCCAUUCGAACUUGUUGCAUCGCCACACUGGUUGGAGCCCGUCAGACGUUCGCUGCAAGAUUUCUUCGAAAGCUUGUCCGCAGAAAGUCGCCGCAGAAAGGGGAAAGUAGCUAUUACAUAUCUACAUCGGCAAUGGGACCAUACCGGCACCAAGAUCAAGACCCAAGACCACCUCGCACUAAUUGACGGUUUGAAGCAGCUUCAGCGAGACCUCGGCCACGAUGUUUUCAUUGUGUCUAGCCUCGAUCACGAGACUUCAUGGUAUAACCGUAUGAACGCGAUUUCUCAAUCAAAGAUAAUUUUGGGCGUGCACGGAAGCCAUCUCUUAGACUCUGCGUUUCUCCAGCCUUCGGAACGGACGAUGCUCAUGGAAUUCUACCCGACGGGCACAUUUUCCUCCGAGCGCCAAAUUCUGGCUAAUUCAUUGGGAAUGAAAUAUUCUGCAUGGUGGGGUAAUAGGGAAUUCACUGACAAAGAUAUACCCGCCGUCAACCCUCCUCACGAUCAAGAAGUUCCAGUGGACGCCGCCGCUGUCAUCCAACGACUUCGGGAAGUGCUUUCACGUAGAUGA